AUGUGCCCCUUGGUCCAGCUGGCCGUCAACCGCCGCACCGAGGAAGCCGUGGCCGUGAAAAUCGUGGACAUGAAGCGAGCGGCCGACUGCCCGGAGAACAUCAAGAAGGAAAUCUGCAUCAACAAGAUGCUCAACCACGAGAACGUCGUCAAAUUCUACGGGCACCGGCGGGAAGGUGCCACGCAAUACCUCUUCCUGGAGUACUGCAGCGGCGGCGAGCUCUUCGACCGCAUCGAGCCGGAUAUCGGGAUGCCGGAGCCGGAGGGGCAGCAGCUGCCCUGGGACCAGCCCAGCGAUAGCUGCCAGGAAUACAGCGACUGGAAGGAGAGGAAAACCUACCUCCCGCCUUGGAAAAAGAUCGACUCGGCGCCCUUAGCUUUGCUGCACAAGAUCCUGACGGAGAGCCCGACGGCGAGGAUCACCAUCCCUGACAUCAAGAAGGACCGGUGGUACAGCAAACCCCUCAAAAAGGGCGUCAAGCGGGCUCGCGUGUCCUCGGGGGGCGUCACCGACUCCCCCGGCGGCUUCUCCAAGCACGUCCGCUCCGAUACGGACUUCUCGCCGGUGAAGAGCGCGUUCGGCCCGUGGCAGCGGCUGGUGAAGCGGAUGACGCGCUUCUUCACCAAACUGGACGCCGACGGCUCUUACCGCGCCCUGAAAGAGGUCUGUGAGAAGAUGGGGUACGGCUGGAAGAAAAGCUGCACGAACCAGGUCACCAUCUCGACCACAGACAGGAGGAACAACAAACUCAUCUUCAAGGUGAACCUGGUGGAGAUGGAGAGCAAGAUUUUGGUGGAUUUUCGCCUCUCCAAGGGCGAUGGCCUGGAGUUCAAGAGGCAUUUCCUGAAAAUCAAAGGCAAGCUCAGCGACAUCAUCAGCACCCAGAAAGUCUGGCUGCCCGCCACCUGA